AUGGCGGACGGAGUAACAAGUUUUUCCCUAGACAUUUCUGUAGAAGAAAAAGACCCAAUUUUGGAUAAAUUUUUGAUUUGGUGCAAAGAAAAUGGCCUUAUACUCAGUAAGAAGGUGAAAGUAUGUAGCAGAGGUUCUUGUCAUCGUUACGGUAUGGUAGCCACAGAUGAUAUAAGUCAAGGCGAGUGUCUUUUCUCGAUACCAAGGAAUUUACUGCUUGAGCCGAAAACGUGUUCUGUUGCCUUGGAGACAGAGAAUGUUGGGAAAUCACAAAGAGGGUCAGGCUGGAUUCCUCUUCUGUUAGCCCUCAUGUAUGAGUACACUAACCCUGCAUCGUUCUGGAGGCCUUACCUUGAUAUUAUACCUGGUAUUGGCGUACUGGAUCAGCCGAUGUUCUGGACUAAAAACGACAGGGAACAACUUUUAAAAGGGACUGAAAUUGAGGAAGAUGUGGAACAGGAUCUAAAAUGCAUUGAAAAGGAAUAUUCUAGUGUUGUUAAAGCCUUUAUCAAGAAAAAUAAGAACAAGUUUGAUAAGACCAUCCAUUCGUUGGCCCUCUACAAGCACAUGGCAGCCUUCAUCAUGGCUUACAGCUUCACAGAAAACAAUCCUGGUUGCCAAGGUGACAAUGCCCCUGUUAUGGUGCCCAUGGCUGACAUUUUGAAUCACCAUAGCAACAAUAAUGCACAUCUGGAGUUUGCUAAAGAAGAGCUUAGGAUGGUGUCCACUCAGCCUAUUGCUAAGGAUCAAGAAGUGUUCAACACAUAUGGACAGCUUGCCAACUGUCAUCUCCUUCAGUCUUAUGGAUUUGUGGAGAAAACACCUAACCCAAAUGACACGAUGGAUAUCCCUGUUGCCAUUGUCUAUGACGUUCUUCGUCAACAUUCGAUAUCAAAACACGAAGCUCGCAUUCUUGAUGCAAAGUUUCAACUGAUGGAAGAAAUGGGGUUGGCUUCCAGUGACGAUGUAUUCGUCUUUGAUCUGAAGGGAUAUCAAAACCAGGGACCCGAUCUAUCAGUGGUCCUCAAGGUUCUACACCUAAGUGAAGAAGAACUUAAAAUGAUACUCAAGAAAGACCAAGAAACAGAGAACCAUCCCAAAGAUCUGGAAGACUUGGUUCGUCUUUUUGAAAACUGUAGCGAAGAACAGAAGUCUAUCAACAGCAAGAUUAUAGAAAAUGCAUUUAAUGUUAAAGAUAGAAAACGUAGGAAUGAAUCAUUGGUGGACAAUGAAUCUAUGAGUGGUGUAGCAAACAAGAAAGCAAAGGCUAGACGUGGCGGCUGUAGGAAUGAUGAUGAUGACGUUGUGGAUGAUGAUGAUAAUGAAGAUUAUGAUGAUGAUGAUAAUGAUGAUGAACCUGGACAUUAUGCUGUUAAUGGGGUAUAUGAUAGCGAUGAUGAUGAUAAUGAAAAUGAUGUGGACGACGAAAGUAAUGAUGACUUGGAUGCUAGUAAUGACGAUGAUGAUGAUGUGGAGGAUGAUGGUGAUGAUGAUAUUGACAGCGAACAUGAUGAAUCAAAAUCUGAAGAUGGAGACGACGAGAAAAUAGAUCACAUGACCUAUGAGCAAAUGAAGAAAGAGUUUCCUCUGGCGUGGAGACAAGCACUAAGCAGGGUCGCAGAGGAUUGUAGCUCGAGAAUCGUUACCAUGGAGAAAGAAAAAAAGAUAAGUACAGAAAACACAGAUGAACUAACUACACGAGAACAAUCAAUCAAGCUGAUGUUAGGAGGAUUGAAGGACAUUUUACGUCAUGUUUGUGAACUGGUUGAUAAACCAGACAAUGAAGAAUCAAGCUGACAAGAUAUGUAUUGACUUUAUACAAUUAGUACAAUUUAGUACAGUGAUCUUACUCGGCCCUUGAAAGAAAGUUGUAUAAUAAUUAUUUCCUACCAGUCCAAGUAAAACUAAAAAACGAUCGAAUGAGUGUCUAUUACUAUGCUUUAUGCUUGUUAUUUUUUCAUGGGCCAAGUAAAAUCACUUUACCAGUAGCAAAAGUGACAUUUAAUGUACAACCAUAAUCAGGCGUAGUGAUUGGUUGGGGUGUAUUUCCACGUUUUCUGAUUGGUUAAGUUCUGGAAGCCAUCUUAGAGUCAUUUUACCGUUUUCCAUUUGUAUGAAAAGGGAAGGUAAGCUUUGCACAAGUAACGUCAGCUACGUUGCAAAUUUGUACAAUUUUUU